AUGUGCUUCUGCAAUGGCAAUACCGUGAAAAAAGGCUUCAAAAAUUAUUCUGAACUAAUUUCUUGCCUUCUUGUAGCUGAGCAAAACAAUGAGCUUUUAACAAAAAAUCAUGAAUCCCGUCCAAUCGGGUCCACUCCAUUCCCAGAAGUGAAUGUAGUAGUAAAUGGACCAACAUGUGGUCACGGACGGGGACAUGGACGCGCACGUGGCUGUCACAUUGACCGUGGACGUGGUCGUGGUCAUAAUCGAGGUGGUUCAAAUUCCUACUCAAAGAGGGCAAAGAAUGAUGAGAAUCGCAAAAGAAAGACUAGUGGAAGUAAUAACCACUCUGAAGACUCGUGUUAUCAUUGUGGUGGGAAUGGUCAUUGGUCACAUACCUGUCGUACAUCGAAACAUUUGGUUGACCUUUAUCAAGAAUCACUUAAAGAUAAAAGUAAAGGCAACAACAAAAUGCCAAGAGUAGAAACUAAUUUUGUUCAUGAAGAGGGCGAUUCUAAUUAUGACAACAUGGAUGUCACUCAUUUGGAUAUUGUUGAUUUCUUUGCUGAUCCUAAUGGAAAGAUUGAUCACCUGAUUGGUGAUGGGAAUGUUCAACAAUAA